CCGCCGCCCGCGCUGAGCAGCGCCCGCCGAGACCAUGUUCGACAAGACGCGGCUGCCGUACGUGGCCCUGGAUGUGCUCUGCGUGGUGCUCGGUACGUCGGCGGCCCGGGGCUUCCAUGCCUAUGGCUGUUCUAAAUUUGGGCCAAAUAUAUCCAUUUCAGAGAGGCUUUUUCUGUAAAGACAGCAGCAUCCAGUACCCGUACCAUGACAGUACCGUCACAUCCACUGUCCUCACCAUAGUGGGGCUGGGCUUACCCAUUUCCUCUAUGAUUAUUGGAGAAGCCCUGUCUGUGUACUGUAACCUCUUGCACUCAAAUUCCUUCAUCAGGAAUAACUACAUAGCCACUAUUUACAAGGCCAUCGGCGUCUUUCUGUUCGGUGCAGCUGCGAGUCAGUCCCUCACCGACAUCGCCAAGUAUUCAAUAGGCAGGCUGCGGCCCCACUUCCUGGCUGUUUGUGACCCUGAUUGGUCUAAAAUCAACUGCAGUGAAGGUUACAUUGAGAACUACAUAUGUCGAGGGAAUGCAGUCAAAGUUAAGGAAGGCAGAUUGUCGUUCUACUCAGGCCACUCAUCAUUCUCCAUGUACUGCAUGGUCUUCCUGGCACUUUACCUUCAAGCCAGGAUGAAGGGAGACUGGGCAAGACUCUUACGCCCUACGCUGCAGUUUGGCCUUAUUGCUGUAUCCAUUUAUGUGGGCCUUUCUCGCGUUUCUGACUACAAACACCACUGGAGUGAUGUGCUGACUGGACUUAUUCAAGGAGCUGUCGCUGCAGUACUGGUUGUUGCAUACGUGUCAGACUUUUUCAAGGAGAAAAACUCUUUUAAAGAAAGAAAGGAGGAGGACUCUCAUACCACUCUGCACGAAACCCCAACAGCAGGCAAUCACUACCGGAGCAAUCACCAGCCCUAGAGGGUGGCACAUGACACUGGCCUGCUUUUUAAAGGAAAACUUCAACUGGAAGGCGAGAGGAUGGAUCUUUCUGCCUGUGUACAGGCCUUCACAGACUGCCACCGCUGCUACUAUACCUCGUGGAUGCCCCCUUCAUCUGUGUAAAUAGUUCCAGUCAACACAAUGUUAUCUAAUAGCUGAAGUUCUUUCAAGAAAUUUCAAGCUUUCCACUAAAACAAUGCUCCACCUGUACAUUUUUAUUAAAAAAUGUAAUGCUUAUGUA